CCCACGACAUUGCCUCCUCACCGCAUCCACCGCCCUUCUCUCCGCCUCGCCCACCAGCCACCCACUGCCCACCAUGGACCAGGCAGUCGCAAAGCGCACGCUCCAGGAACUCAUAAAGCGCGAAGAGCUCGACAACAAGAGGUGCAUCGAUUGCUCGAACCCGAAUCCACAGUGGGCUUCUCUCAGCUUCGCCGUCUUCUUGUGCCUCCAAUGUGCAGGUGUCCACAGGGGCUUCGGCGUUCAUGUCAGCUUCGUUCGUUCGGUCUCGAUGGACACAUGGCAUGAGGAGCAGAUAAAGCGAAUGCAGCUCGGUGGGAAUGCACCCUUCAGAGAGUUCAUACAGACGUACCCGGCGGACACAGGCGGAUAUACGCAGGGCAUGAACUCAUACGACACCUAUCACUCCUGGGCCGCUUCACAAUACAGAGAGAAGCUGGAUGCCGAGCUCGCCGGCAAACCUUGGGCACCGUCAGCACCUCCUGAGGGCUUUGGGUCCCCCAACAAUACCACAAGCCCGGCGGGCCGUCCAUCCUCGGCACAGGGCCUCCGAAAAUCUCGCGCGUCUGCCCGUAAUAGCACAGGUCGUUCAGCCUCCCCGGCCUCCUUCGGCAGUCGAAACUCGCCCGCCCCGAGUAGUCCAAUGACGCCGUCCGCGUUUGACGACCAGAAGGCUAGGAACGAAUCCUACUUCGCUGGUCUUGGCAACGCCAAUGCUUCUCGUCCUGAGGACCUGCCUCCGUCUCAGGGUGGUCGGUAUCAAGGCUUCGGGAGCACUCCGGCACCUGGGCCAGGCUCUCAACACCCUGCAUACGGUCUCUCUUCACGUGCGGCGCCCUCGCUCUCCGAAUUGCAGGAGAAUCCCACUGCAGCCCUGAGCAAAGGGUGGUCUCUAUUUUCCGCUGCUGUCGCAGGCGCAACGAAAGCCGUAUCCGAGAACAUCAUCCAGCCAGGCAUGGAGAGAGUCACGGAUCCGAACUUCCAGCAGAGCGUCAAGGGUUACGUAUCCGAAGCAAGCAAGCGCGCGGCUGACGCAGGACGCAGCGCGAACAUGUGGGGGAGGAGCACCCUUGGCGUCGACGUGGCGGGGCAGGUUGGCGGAGUGGUGGGUACUGUGAAAGACACGGUGACGGGCGGUCCGGCUCGGAGAGGAUACAGUUCCGUUGGCCCUGGUGGCUAUGGCGAUGGGGAGACGUCCGCACUCUACCAGGAUUACGAUGACGAAGAAGACUUCUUCAACAACUACAACAAUAAUCCGAACCGCGGCCAUGGCAGCCUCGCAUCGCAGGUCUCCCCGAUAUCUCCGGCUAUGCACUCUCCAGCACCCGCAGCGAAGGCAGCCAAGAAGGAUGACGAUUGGGAUGAGUGGAAGGAUUUCUAAUGUAUCUGGCGAAUAGUACUGGAUACCUGGAUAUUAUUUAUCGUCUCGGGAAUGGAAGUGGGUAUAUGAGGGAUUUGCCCUGCAAUGCUGUACGUUGCAGUCAAUUUAGACAGCGGUAUCUGAGUUAUGCUGUGCCUGGGACUACAACGAGGUGCAACUUCUACGUCUUCCGCUGGGGUUCGAAGGCCGAGUACCGCUGAGGCUGUGCCACAGCACUGACCACCUACCUGCUGGCAGCGUCAAAUCUAAGUGUAUAAAUG